GCCACUCCUUCCCCCCUUCGUGCCGUCCGCCGCCCGGCCCCCUCCGCUCCGCCUUGCGCCUCCCCCAUUCCAUUCCACCGCUCCCACCACCCCUCGCCACCCCGCCCUCUCCCUCCCGUCUCCUCCCUUCCCGAGGCGGCGCGCGCAGCCGCGGGGCGCCCAACCACCGCCCGUCCCCGAUGGCCGCCUCCCUCCUCCACGCCGCCGCCGCCGCCGCCCCCAGCCAGCCCGCCCGCACCUCGUUCCACCCGCUCGCCUCCGCCCCCGUGUCCCUGCGCCUCGCGCGCCCCUCGUCCUCGUCCCGCCGCCGCCUCGAGGCCUCGUUCCGGGCGCUCUCGGCCGGCCACCGCUUCGCCGGGAGGCCCCGCCGCGUCGUCGCCGCCUUCGCGGGGGAGGAAACCGAGGGUUCAGGGGUGGGUGAUGAGAAAGAUAACAGCAAGGAGGAAAUAAAGCCAGAGGAGGCUCAGGAAGCUUGGAAGGUAAUGCUGGAGCAGUUCAAGGCCGAGGCCCUGCGGAUGCAGGCCCUGUCAGUGCAGGCCUAUGAUGUCUACUCCAAGAGGACAAGGGAGGUGCUGUUGGAGGCCUCUGAGAAGCUGAAGAUACAGGCCGACAAAGCACAGAAGGACCUGAGCGUGAUCGCGUCGGAGGUUGGUCAGGAGGGACAAGAAUAUCUAACGAUGGCAGCCCAGAACUCCCCGGACUCGAUCAAGGACAUCACGACGACGUUCAGGGCUCUUGGAAAGUUGAAUUGGCCAUCAGAGUAUGAGGAUUAUCAUGUGGGCAUUCCCUUCGGUACCUUUCUUACUGUUGGGGGUUUCCUUAACUUCAUGUUGACUGGAAGUACCUCUGCAAUUCGCUUUGGUAUUGUUCUUGGCUUUGCAUUGUUGGCUCUGGGUAUCUCAAGUUUGAGAUCACAAAGACAAGGAGGACGUCGGCCUCGUCUUCUGUUGAAAGGGCAAGCUGCAAUUGCUACUAUCAUCUUCUUCAGGGAGUUUUCAGUUCUACUCCAGUAUGGCUGGUUCCCAAAAAUUUUCAUGGUCCUCCUCAGUGGGGUGGUGGCAGCCUUUUACUUUUAUCGCAUGGCGACUGGUGCCCCCAAAGAUCUAAGCAGCAAGAGUGAUUCUGUGAACUAAUGAACUGGGAUGAAUCAGAUGAUCACCCGGAAACUUGGGCUUGGAAGAUUAUGGCCCUCUGCUUUCGAUUUCCCUCAGCGUUCAAUUCAGGCAAGCUCGGUUUGUCUCUAGUGUCUUAGGUGUCACUGCACAGUGACACAUGGAUUCAGAAGAACUGCCUGCUUACUCGGCCUCUCUGCCACAAAUCGUUGCUUUACUCAUGUAAUAUAGAUGAUAAGCCUGAGCAACAUUAAUAAACGACCUCCAAAGGUCAUGAUGUAGCUAGCUGUUCAGUUUGUCUGUUGUUUAUUGCAUGGGGAAAUAGUUGUGCUGUAACGCGUUCAAUGUUUUAGAGGAAACUAUCAAGCCGUAUUCUUUUUGUUUCUUGCACUCAGUUAUAUCUGGUGGAUGAUAUGGAACCCUUCCUGCUCUAGUUCUUUUUC